AAACAAAUCUCUCCAUUCAUCAGACAACACCACUCUCAACUUCAUGGUUCGUCUCAAGAACAUCAACGUUAGGCAAGGAAUCUAUUACGACGACCUUCACUUAUCUUUCUCCACAAGUUUCAACAACUCAUCUCUUCUUGUGGCUAACUACACAGUGCCAAGAUUCUAUCAAGGACACGAGAAGAAGGCCAAGAAAUGGGGACAGGUCUUGCCUCUUAACAACCAGACGGUUUUCCAAGCGGUCUUGCCUAAUGGCUCGGCGAUUUUUCGGGUGGAAAUGAAGAUGCAGGUGAAAUACAAAGUCAUGUCCUGGAAAACAAAAAGGUACAAAUUAAAGGCUAGUGUGAAUCUUGAAGUCAACGAGGAUGGAGCCUCUAAAGUCAAGGACAAAGAGGAUGGGAUUAAGAUGAAGAUAUCAGAUUCUUCUCCACGACGACUAACCUUUUUCCAACUUUGCUUUUCGAUUAUUUGUGUUUUGAUGAAUUGGCUCGUCUUUUUGGCUAUUUGUUAAAUGAUGAGUGAUAUUCAUUUUCCAUAGCCUUUUUUUCUUGCAUCUUUUUCCUUUUGACUCUUUCCUCUGUUUUGAUGUUUAUUAGAGAUUUUGUAUAUUAGUGUAGCUUUGGUUUGAUGUGUAUUAACCGUUUUUACCCCUUUGUAUAUAUAAAGUCAGCUCCAACUUCUUUUUUCUAGUUUCAUAUAAGUAACGCUUUUUUUGGGUUCUCUUAUAAGGCUUAGGACUGGCUUGCUAAUAUAUCAUUCACUAGCUC